AUGGAGAUAUUUUGCUACGUGUUCCUUCCACCAGUAGCAAGAUGGAUUUUCAUAACACUGGCUGUUCUUCUACUAUUGGUAUUUUUAGCAGGAUGUAAGACAAUGAAACUGUCUCUCAUUCGGCUUUUCGUGAUAUCCAAUCUCUUCAUGAAAAUUCCAGUAUUCAUUGUUACCUACUAUAUCAUUUUUACAUUAAAAUCAUACGAUCAGCCGACUCAUUUCCCUCCGGAUAGUUGCUAUCAGUGCUGGCUCUACAGACAGCCUGUUGGCCUCCUGUCGGCUGCUUUCAUCAUGACCUUCGCCUGUCCGGUUUUCGAUGGAAUUUCCACGGCUUGCCUUACGAAGCUUGAGCUACUCGCUCAAGGAGUGACGACUGUUGUAAUCGCCGAAAGGGAUUGUCAUCAUCCUCAUCCCGUUGUCGUAACAACGCCACAACAUGUCGUCUAUACUACUCCAGCUUCCACACAAGUGGUAUAUCCAAGCACAGCUGUAUACCAGGCACCUGGAUAUCCAGUUGCACAACCAUAUGCCUAUCAACAAGCUCCUCAGCCACAAGCUUCUGCUCCAGUUCCAGCUGUACCUCAAGCUCCACCAGAAUACAAACCUUAA